AUGGAACAAUCAUAUAAAAAAUAUGAAAUAUCAUCAUUUUCUAAAGAAGAAAUCGAUGGUUUGUGUAAUGAAAUAGAUGAUUAUGAUAUUGUUUUAUCAAUAUGUAUGAGAUAUAUUAAAGAAGAAUCAAAUAAAUUUAUAGAUUUGGUAGUUUCAGCGAAGAACAAACCUGUUUCGUGCUCUUAUCAAUCAUUUAUACAAAGCUCAGAAGAAAAUAAACAAUUGUUUUGGAUUCAAACGCAACAAAAUGCAAAAGAAAAGAUUCAUCAUUCUUGGAAUAAUGGUUCAUUUUUUGCCCUUAUAAAUGAAGCAAAGAAAAACAUUAGAGAUUUAUGGAAACCAAAAGACGGAUGUUUUACAGCUUUAAGAUAUAAUAAUUAUAAUAAUCAAUCGGGAUAUAAUAAUCAACAAAGAUAUAAUAAUCAACAAAGAUAUAAUAAUGAUAAUCAGCAAAGAUAG